CGUCUUCACAAUAAAAGCGUGAAAGUGUUGGAGCGCUGCCACGGAGUGAAGCGGGACGCUGUUUGUUUCACAUUUAGUUUAAUCUACAUAUGAAUUGUUAUGUCAAAGCAAAGAUAACUUCACGCCUCCUCUCCGGGCCGCCUGGAGUCUGAUCGGGGGCCCUGCGUGGGGACGGAAGGUUUAUUUUGAAAAUCAGUGACUGGAAGUGAUGCUGAUUGAACACGGCUCGAUGUUCAUGGUGAUGCGCAUCUCGGGAAAAUACUGAAACACAAAGAAGAUCAACAAAGAGGGCGCUGUUACCAUGGCUCCCUGUGCUCCUCUCUCAUUGGUCGGCCUCCUGCUGCUUGCCUCCUGUCAGCCCGCCUCUCUACAGGACCUGACCAAUAGGAACUCAGACUUUGCGACCCGGCUGUACCGCGCAGUCUCCAGCCGGACAGACGACAACGUCUUCCUGUCCGUCUUCACUUUGUCCUCCGCGCUGCUGCCGCUGCUGAGCGCUGCUGCCGGACCGACCCAGGACCAGCUGCUGCAAGGCCUCCGUCUGCAGGGCCUGGACCCCCAGAGCCUCCCAGACCUGUUCCAGAGUCUCAGGACCGCAGUACAGGAUGGCAGUCGUGACAUGAACCUGAGGCAGGGCACGGCCCUCCUCCCCAGACAAGGCCUCCAGGUGUCCUCGUCCUUCCUGGACCUGGUUCAGACCAAGUUUGGAGGGAACGCUACAAGUCUGGCCUACACGUCACCAUUGGAAGCGGCCAGCACCAUCAACCUGUUGGCUCAGGAAUGGACCGGAGACACCGUCAGGGAGCUGGUGACCGACCUGGACCCCCAGACCCAGCUGCUGAUCGCCACUGCUGCUGCUUACCAGGUUAAGUUCAGUCCGUCCUUUAACGAGUCCCUCACCCAGGACGAGCGGUUCUACGUGAACAAGUACCGCGUGGUUAUGGUUGCCAUGAUGUUCCGGGCAGAUAAGUUCUUCCUGGCCUACGACCUCGGGCUGAAGGCCGGCGUCCUGAAGCUGCCGAUGGCCGGCGGGGCGGCCAUGUUGCUGGUCCUGCCCGAUGAAGACGUGGACAUCACUUCAGUGGAGGAGGCAGUGACCGGAGACCAGAUCCAGACCUGGAUCAGACAGCUGAAGAAGACGAAGUUGGAGGUGCAGCUUCCUCGCUUCCUGUUGGAACGCUCUUACUCUCUGCGUGACGUCCUGCAGACUCUCAACAUCACUCAGGUGUUCCAGGAGGAGGCCAACCUGAGCAACAUGUGGGAGGGCCAAGCUGUGAAACUCACCCAGGUUUUUCAUAAAGCUGUGGUGACGGUUGCCGACGGUGACGGUGCAGGAGGCGGAGCCAGUGUUUUCUCCACACUGCCCCCCCGACUGACGGUCAACAGACCAUUUAUCUUCGUCGUCUACCUGCAGGCGAGCGGCCUGGUGCUGUCCAUCGGACGCGUCAUCGACCCGUCCAGCAAGUGACUCCUAAAGACUACAAGCAGUAAAAACUACAAACCCCAUGAUUCAUAGUGUUUACCAUCUGGAGACCGUUUAUAGGUGAUGUCAUUAGAGAGUUAAACAAAUCAUAUGGAAGGCAUGAGGUCAUACUAUAUAUUAAUAUAUUAGGUAAUGUUUGUUCUGUAUCUGUUAUUGAGUGGAGGUGGUAGGAUAUCCUGUCAGUUACAGCCUCUGAAAACAUUUAGUUUUAUGUAGCUUGCUCCAGCUGUGGGUCCAAUCAGAACAGACUGGAUCCGGUCUUCAGAGGUUUCCCAACCUGAGGCAUGAGACCCCGCGCAGACCCUGAAGGGUCAUUCUGUAUAUCCAACACGUGUUAAAUCAGACAUAUAUCACAGGUUAUUACGAUUAUUAUGAUUAUUAUUGUUUGUUAUUGUUAUUAUGAUGGUGAGGCCUGAGAGCAGGAACCUCUGGGUACCUCAGCUCUGAGAUGUUAAUGAACCUAACACUGAAAUAUAUUUAUAUGUAAUCCAGAUCAUUAGCUUGUUUCGCCUUUAACCCACCAGGCAGUAUUACCCGUUAGUGUUGACAGUCUAGUAAGUGAAGGCGGGGCAUUAGCGGAUGAUCACUGAGUCAUGCUGAGAGCUUCUUAGUUAACAUUAGCAUGAUCUUAGCGUGCUGUAUGUCUGAAACAUUUCCUGUACCUAAAUGAAUAGUAAACAUGUACAACCUGCACUGUAAACAAAUAAACAUUCAAUAACCCUC